CUGUGGUCUGUCUUGGCGUGUGUCACUAGCGAGGGGGGAUUUGUCUGCUGUGAACCAGAACAUCGCUCAUUCAUUUGGAAAUUUCGCGUGCUAGCGGGGUUGGGUUUGCUGGGUGACAUCAGGUGACUGACGGAACUCAUGUGCUUGUGAAAGUGUGAAGGCUGAAGGUAUUGCACAAGACUACCAGGUGCUCUCAAUAUUUCGAAGUGAAAGUUGAAGAUCGGCGUGUUUGCGGUAGCCUAAUCGUGCGCGAAGAGUAUUCAGUAGGUUGAACUGACCAAUGCACCAUUGACUUUGACUUAAGCAUCCUUCCAAAGUUCAAUCAAGAUGCAUCGAGCAAGAUCUGUUGCAACAAAAUUAUCACCCCUCUUGGGCACUGAACAGUUCGGAACAUGGCUUCUGCACAGUAGCAAGCCAACUCGAUCGCUGUCUAUAACAGCAAGCAGACAUUAUAAUGCACCUGUUGCAACUGAACCCUUCCUCAAUGGAAGUUCUUCUGCUUAUGUUGAGGAGAUGUACAAUGCCUGGCUUGCAGACCCCAAGAGUGUACAUGUGUCGUGGGAUUCAUUCUUCCGCAACAGUGCUGGUGGAGCUGCCCCAGGGCAAGCCUACCAAUCUCCCCCAUCUCUGGCACAGCCUGGAAGAAACCAAGUGCCGAUUUCUAGCAUUGUCCCUCAUCUAGGAGGUGGGGGAGGUUUACCCAGCCAAGUUAGCGAGAAACUUAUUGAUGACCAUCUUUCUGUUCAGGGCCUCAUCAGAUCUUACCAGGCCCGAGGCCACCUGGCAGCUGAGCUGGAUCCGCUGGGCAUCAUGUAUGGCGCCAACGAUGAAACUUACACUGUCCGCAAAGGUGCUCCACCAGAUGUGGUGGUGCGCCAGCAUAUGCUGGAGGAAUCUGAUAUGGACAGAGUAUUCAAGUUGCCUUCUACAACUUUCAUUGGAGGCAAAGAGAAGUCUCUCACAUUACGUGAAAUUCUUCGUCGAUUGGAGCUGUCCUACUGUCGACACAUUGGUGUAGAAUUUAUGUUUAUCAACUCACUGGAGCAGUGUAAUUGGAUUCGUCAACGCCUUGAAACCCCUGGUAUCAUGGAGAUUGAUAAUGCUCAGAAGCGUCUUAUUUUGGCACGCCUUACUCGUGCUACCAUGUUUGAAGCAUUCUUAGCCAGAAAGUGGACCAGUGAGAAGCGUUUUGGUCUUGAAGGUUGUGAGAUCCUUAUUCCCGCAAUGAAACAAGUUAUUGAUAAAUCUACAGAACUAGGAGUUGAAUCCAUUGUCAUGGGUAUGCCUCAUAGAGGACGUCUGAAUGUGUUGGCUAAUGUUUGCCGCAAACCAUUGAAUCAAAUAUUCACCCAAUUUGCUGCACUUGAGGCUGAAGAUGAUGGCUCUGGUGAUGUAAAAUAUCACUUGGGCACCUACAUUGAACGUCUCAACCGUGUAACAAACAAAAACAUCCGUCUUGCUGUUGUGGCAAACCCAUCCCAUCUUGAGGCUGUUGAUCCAAUUGUACAGGGAAAAACUCGUGCAGAGCAGUUUUACCGAGGAGACACAGAAGGCAAAAAAGUUAUGUCUAUUCUUCUUCAUGGAGAUGCGGCAUUCUGUGGUCAAGGAGUUGUUUUUGAAACCUUCCACUUGUCUGACUUGCCUGAUUACACAACUCAUGGAACAAUUCACAUUGUUGUUAAUAACCAAAUUGGUUUCACUACUGAUCCCCGUCAUUCAAGGUCCUCCCCUUAUUGCACAGAUGUUGCCAGAGUUGUGAAUGCUCCAAUCUUCCACGUUAAUGCCGAUGAUCCAGAAGCUGUUAUGCAUGUUUGUAACAUUGCUGCUGAGUGGAGGAACACUUUCCACAAGGACUGUGUUAUUGACAUUGUAUCCUAUCGUCGCAAUGGUCACAAUGAAGUCGAUGAGCCUAUGUUCACACAACCACUUAUGUACCGCAAGAUUCGAAACACUAAGAUAACGUUAGAUAAGUACGCCGAAAAACUGAUUGAAGAAGGUGUUGUUACAAAUGAAGAAGUGAAGGAUGUCAAGGAAAAAUAUGAGAAGAUUUGUGAAGAAUCUUAUGCUGCAGCCCGUAAAGAAACUCACAUUAAGUACAAAGACUGGCUUGACUCACCAUGGUCAGGCUUCUUUGAGGGCAAGGACCCAUUGAAAAUGUCUGCAACUGGUAUCAAAGAAGACACUCUUGUUCACAUCGGAAAGCGAUUCUCUUCCCCACCACCCAAUGCUGCUGAAUUCCUUGUUCAUAAAGGCAUUGAGCGUAUUUUGAAGGCUCGCAUGGAAAUGGUUGAAAAUCGUACAGUUGACUGGGCACUUGGUGAGGCUAUGGCAAUUGGUUCUCUGCUUAAAGAGGGUAUUCAUGUACGUCUCAGUGGCCAAGAUGUGGAGCGUGGAACUUUCUCCCACAGGCACCAUGUUCUUCACCACCAGACUGUUGAUAAAGCUACAUACCGCCCACUUUGUCACCUUUACCCUGAUCAGGCUCCUUACACCGUGUGUAACAGUUCCCUAUCUGAAUAUGGUGUUCUUGGAUUUGAAUUAGGGUUUUCCAUGACUAACCCUAAUGCCCUAGUCUGCUGGGAAGCUCAGUUUGGUGACUUCAACAACACAGCCCAGUGUAUCAUUGAUCAGUUUGUUUCCUCUGGUCAGGCAAAAUGGGUUCGUCAGUCUGGCUUGGUUAUGCUUCUUCCUCAUGGAAUGGAAGGCAUGGGUCCUGAGCACUCUAGUGCUAGGCUAGAACGAUUCCUCCAAAUGUCUGCUGAUGAUCCUGAUUACUUCCCUCCAGAGAGUGAUGAGUUUGCUGUGAGGCAGCUGCACGAUAUCAACUGGAUUGUGGCUAAUUGUUCAACCCCUGCCAACUUAUUCCACAUCUUGCGAAGACAAAUUGCUCUGCCUUUCCGCAAGCCACUGAUUUUAAUGACACCAAAGUCACUUCUUCGUCAUCCUGAAGCACGAUCUAGCUUUGAUCUUAUGAAUGAAGGCACUGAAUUUUUGAGGAUCAUUCCUGACGAAGGUCCUGCUGGUACAAAUCCCUCUGGAGUUAAGAAAGUUGUCUUCUGCUCUGGAAAAGUUUACUAUGACAUCAAGAAAGCACGCACUGAUAAAAACCUGGAAGAUAAGAUAGCUCUUGUUAGAGUUGAGCAGAUUUCUCCUUUCCCAUAUGAUUUGAUCAAGAAGGAAUGUGCUAAGUACCCUGAUGCUCAGCUGGUCUGGGCACAGGAAGAACACAAAAACCAGGGAGCUUGGUAUUAUGUUCAGAGUAGAUUCCAGACAACUCUGAAUGGAGGACGGCCUGUAACAGAACUCAGUGGACCCGUCGAGGUCCCGGGCGGUCGUGCUCAGGAACAAGGGGGGUUGUUAAGACGCCUGUUUGGUGCAGACGAACAAGAGAGGCAGGCUUCUGCCAAGUCUUCGUCUCAGGCUGGAUUGCAGCCUGAGACGCAGACUUCCUCUCUCCCAUCAAAUGUUCGAACCAUUAGCUACUGCGGACGUCCAACUGCUGCAUCACCAGCAACUGGCAGUAAGGCUCAGCAUUUGAAAGAACUGAAUGCUCUUCUUGAAGAUGCCACAGGCAUCUAAACAUUAUCAUCUAGUUCCGAUCAGCUCAAGUACUUUUUAGUUAUCCAUCGUAUUGUGAACUUGUGCCCAUGCUUCAAAUUGUUUGAAGCGUAGUUUCACCUGUUUUAUCUAUAGGCUCUUUAAAUGUCUUCUUUGCAAAAAUUUUAGUUGAUGUUUAUUGGGCACUUGGUUUGUAUCAAAGGAGUUUUUAUGAGUAUCAUGUCAGCUGGACUGGCAAGUGUUUUAUUUUGAUGCGGCUUUGUAACAUUUAAUGGGAGGGUAUUUAUGCUGAUUUAGUGAUUGUUGAGUUCCUAUACGAAUGUUAGCUCUGUUACUUUGGUUUAAGUCCUCUUUGAAGCAAACUUUUGUUUUUGGGUCGUCAAUAGAAAUCAUGCGUUCUAUUCCUUAACAUUUUCAGAAAGAACUAAGAUGCAAAGAUUUGUGCUGUUAAUUUAUUGAAGUAUUGUUUAUUUUCCUUUUGUAUUAAUGUCUCUAAAAAUUGCACAAGUCCUCUCUCAAUGCUCUGUGGAAGUGGUUUUGGAGUCCCUCCUGUAAUUAUUAUUAUAAUUCAGGACAUCUUCAAAUAUGUGGUCUAUGAGACUGAAAUAACAAACAUAAUGUAGUUUACCAUGUCCACUUUAUAGCUUCAAAAGCUUUGCAUAGUGAUAGCAACCACAUGCAUUCAUUCAGUAUUUGUUCCAGUGUUACAUCUGAUCACUGUGCGAUCUGCAUGUUGACUGAAUAUCAUCAGCUACUUAUUCCGGAGUAAACUAAUCAGAAACUAAAGCAAAGCUAAUUCUCAAUUCAUGAAGGAGAAUUCUGUAAUUCAAAUAGUAUAGAAGUCACUCUUUGCCUAAAUUUGAAAAUAAAAUAAAAGAAGAAAAACACUGGCUGCUUGCUAUCACAAAAGCAUAAACAUAGCUAUAAAGUAAACAGGCAUAAUGACUAGUACUAAGUUAAUCUAAGCACUUAAAUGUAGAUUGUUCCCCUUUUCACACAUGAUUACUUUCAGUUGCCUGAUUCUUAAAAGAGUGUCAUACAUAGACAGUAUGUGGUGCAGGUGCAGCCUGUUCCAGAGAAAAAAAGAUGUGUUUGUGCUUGUUAAAAUUAUUUAUUUUUUUGUCUGUGUGUCUGGAUAUGACAUGACCAAUGUCCUUGUUGUGGUUACAGCAAAGCUACCUGAAGUGAAUGAAUGUGAUUUUAAAAGUUUUAAGUAUGUACAUUAAACUGAUGUUGAUUGAAA